ACACACGAGUGAUAUAACACAGUAAUGUCCAUGACCAGAUUAUGAGUUACCAUGAAUGAAAUGUGAAGACCCAUGACCAGAUUAUGAGUUACCAUGAGGGAAAUGUGAAGACCCAUGACCAGAUUAUGAGUUACGAUGAGGAAAAUGUGAAAACCCAUGACCAGAUUAUGAGUUACCAUGAGGGGAAUCUGAAAACCCAUCACCAGAUUAUGAGUUACCAUAAGGAAAAUCUGAAGUGACAUGAGGAAUUUUAAGAGUAGCUGUGAGGCCAUAAAUGACUCGUGGUCGUGUCAUGGACUAUUAUUAGAGACUGACCUGCUUGACGGGAGGAAGCAUAUGCCAGGUGUCUCCAGGUGAUGUUUCAGUACAGGUAAAAAUCAAUAACAGUAAGUGUGAGUCUACUCGUAUUUGGUUCAUUGAUGCCGUUUCUAUAACAACAACGUAAUAGAGGCGAAAAUUAUUAAGAUACUCGUUUAUGAUACAGUUUAUAUUGAAGUGUAUUAUGUAGUAUAGUUGAUUCGUUUCAGUGGAUUGGAUUAUGUUUUGCCUACAGUACCAGCCGCUUGUUUUAUCGUCAGCCAUUGAUUCAAUCUUGCGGUGUUUUCUGUCUCCGUUCCGCAUUAAUAUCAAGGUGUUCAAAUGAUAUAAAUACACACACAUUAUAUAAGGUAUUGUGAUUAUUUGAUCAUUUACAUCAAUUGGUAGUACGAAAUAAAAAUGCGGUAAAGUACUGAUCACUUGUGUUCUUGAAAGACGUCAUGGGAGUAUUGGAAAUGUUUUGUAAGAUACUUUACCUGAGGUGAGCGGCAGCAUAAAUAGAAUCGUCCGUCUGGCAGCGCGGUGAUCCCCCUGGUUGGCAUAGUGAGGGCAAACAACAAACCUCUGUUCACCUGUGUUCACGCUGAGACCCCGAGAAUUACCUGAGAGUAUCGUUCACAGCUGAUGAGAAACACACUACAGACUGGGAUAUCAUUUCUCACUUAAAUUAACAAGCGUCAUUAAGGAAAUAACUAUUACAAACAUUUAAAUCUCAAGUGAUUUGUAAAAUUUCCCAAAAGCACAGGACAUCUAUCUGUGAUGACAAAUGAACGAAAAAAUAUGAAAAAAAAAAUAUCCUGAGGUUCACGUCACGCUCACGAUAUCAGCCACGUAAGUUGGUUCAGUAGUCAGUGUGCAGUGAACUAGGAUGCACAGGUACUCAACGUUGCUUGACUACCUAUAAAAAACCAAAACCACAUACCUAAAAAAGUGCCAAUUUAGUGUAUAAGUGACAAGUGACCCUGUGCCAAGACGUAACUCACCAACGCAUAUACUGUCACUCACGUAACUCACAGAGAAAAUAAUACACAAAAUGUGAUAAUAAAUCCAAUAAUGAAAAAAUUCCUUCCCAUCGUGUGAGUGUUGAGGUAAAACGCCACACUGAGGAGAUGUCGCGAGGGACUAGAUAGAGCGAGCAGAAGUAGAGCUAUAGAGCGGAGUUUGAGGGGAAUUUAAGGGGAAUUUGAGGGGAAUUAAUUUGUUCUACCACACCUGCCCCCACAUCCCCCGCCCGACCCCAGAGGCUGAGGUCAUUACACACACCUUCAUCACCGUCGACGACUUCUGGAGGAGGGCGGUGGUGGUGCUUCCUUAUUACACCUCCCACAACAGGAGCGACUCACCACCAGCAACAUCACCAACAUACUUUUAAGAGUUAUGGUGUGGAGCGGAACAUGAAGUAUGGACGAAGACGAUGAGGUGGACUGGGCGUUAGACAGGCGGCUUGCCACAGUCUGUCCGGCCACCUGCUACCCAGUGUCACCACCUGGGAGCAGAGCCACCUGCUACCCAGUGUCACCACCUGGGAGCAGAGCCACGUGCUACCCAGUGUCACCACCUGGGAGCAGAGCCACGUGCUACCCAGUGUCACCACCUGGGAGCAGAGCCACCUACUACCCAGUGUCACCACCUGGGAGCAGAGCCACGUACUACCCAGUGCCACCACCUGGGAGCAGAGCCACCUACUACCCAGUACUACCACCUGGGAGUAGAGCCACCUACUACCCAGUACUACCACCUGGGAGUAGAGCCACCUGCCACCCAGUACCACCACCUGGGAGAAGUACCACUGCCACACUCCCCAGUUAACCCCUUUGGUGUCACUUGCUCGGUGUAUAUCUGCUCGUACGUCAGGCAACAUGUCGUCACCCGAGACAGUGAAGGUUAUCGUACGAUGUCGGCCAAUGAACAAGAGAGAAAAAGACCUGGGUUGUGAGUGUGUGGUGGUGAUGGACGGCCUAAUGUGUGGUCUUGUCAACCCAGAUGAUGUGGAAGGUGGAUCUAAGAACUUUACCUUUGACGGCUCCUACUUCAUCGACUCCACCACCGAGGCUAUCUACAACGAUGUGACCUUCCCUUUGGUGGAGAGUGUGUUGGAAGGGUACAACGGGACGGUGUUUGCCUACGGCCAGACGGGAUGUGGAAAAUCCUUCACUAUGCAAGGUGUGGCGGACCCUCCAACCCAGCGUGGUAUUAUCCCCAGGGCGUUUGAGCAUAUCUUUGAGGUGAUCCAGACAACGGAGAACAUGAAGUACCUGGUGUUGGCCUCCUACCUGGAGAUCUACAACGAGGAGAUCCGUGACCUCCUAGGGACAGACGUCAAGAAGAAGCUCGACCUUAAGGAACACCCGGAUAAAGGCAUCUAUGUCCAGGGCCUCUCACAACACCCGGUCCAUAACACCAGCGAGGUGGAGGACCUAAUGGAUCGAGGCUGGAAGAACCGGUCCACUGGUUCUACCCUGAUGAACGCCGACUCCUCCCGCUCCCACUCCAUCUUCACCAUCACGUUGGAGAUGAUGGAGAUUGCUGGAGACUCAGACUCCAUUAGGAGCGGCAAGCUGAACCUGGUGGAUCUGGCCGGCUCUGAGCGUCAAGCCAAAACAGGGAGCGACGGGGACAGACUGAAGGAAGCGACCAAGAUCAACCUCUCCCUGAGCGCCCUGGGUAACGUCAUCUCAGCGCUGGUGGACGGCAAGAGUAAACACAUCCCUUACAGAGACUCCAAGCUCACCAGACUACUACAGGACUCACUAGGAGGCAACACCAAGACCCUAAUGGUAGCUUGUCUUAGCCCCGCCGACAACAACUACGACGAGACCCUCAGUACUCUCCGCUAUGCCAACCGUGCCAAAAACAUUAAGAAUAAACCUAAGAUUAACGAAGAUCCUAAAGACGCCAUGUUGAGGGAAUACCAGGAGGAGAUACGGAAACUUAAAGAUAUGCUGGAUAAACAAGGACCCCAGGAGACCAGACUGGGGUUGGAUAACCAGCAGCAGCAGACACACCAGCAGCAGGCGAAGGCAGCAGGCGCAGCAUCAGACGCAGCAGCAGACGCAUGGCAGGCAGUAGGCAGCAUCAGACGCAUUCAGCAGUUCGAGUACGGGGACGACUUUGAGGGACAUCGGGGCGGAGAAUUGACCUGGGGACGGACGAUGCGAGGGCCUGGUAGGCUUCGUGAAGACGGGAGGAGUUUGUGGAAGGCACUAAUUAGCUCUCUAGAAAACGAGAUAUCAGACUUGACUUCAGAGUUCCAGGAGGAGAGAUCGGAUUACCUGGAGAAUAGAAAACAGGAACAACAGAUCAAGCUCCUUACUGCCAUCCUAGACAAGGUUCAGCCCACCAUCAGGAGAGAUUGUAACUACAGUAACGUAGACGCGAUAAAGAAGGAGGCGGUGUGGGAGGACGAGUACCAAAGAUGGAAGGUGCCGGACCUGGUGCUGAUCAAGACUAAACUUCCUCCUGCUGGAAUCCAGCCAGGAGUCCGCACCCGCCAAGGUCCUCCCAGCGCUCGUGUGGGCGGGUGGGCGGCUGCUCUCCCUGGCAGUGACCCGCCCACGCCCCCAGAAGACACCCUGGAGGAGGAGCUGUUGAACCUGGACAGCGAACCGGACGAUCCCUUCCUACAGGUCGAUUGCAUGAAGACAGUUUUGACUCCCCGUUGGGGUUCACUAAAUACCCGGACCCGACCCUCGAACCCGGACCCUCGACUAACCUAUCUGAAUAUAACGUAAUCUCUCCUUAACACCACAUAAUAUAACCUAGCUAAUCCUAACUUAACUUAACCUAACUUAAGCUAUUAACCCCAAGCUUAACUUAACCUCACCUAAUUUAGCCACCUAACUAAACUUAAACGAACGUAACUUACCUUAACUUAACCUAACCUAUAAACUAAAUUCAGUACACAAUAAUACAAAUCCGGUUUCUGGUUUAGGUCCGGGAUUUUAGUUCAACCCCCCCGUUAUCCUUAUUCAUCUCUCCCCCUCCUUCCCCUUCCCCUCCCUGUCGACAACUUCCCCUCCCUCCUUUCCCGCUACUGUCGUCAUUGCCUUUCCCACAGAAUAUCGUACACUAUCUAUUGUAAGGAACUGUUUAUUGUAAUGAAUAACCCCUAACAAUAUUACACACAGCUACUCUAUCUAUAAACACAUAAUUACUGUAUUUUAUAGGAGUAGCAGAUACAAUAAGUAACAAUACAUUAACUCUUGGGAAAAAUGGACGUUAGUGAGUGAUAUAAUACCUUCGUGAGUAUCGUAAGUGGUGUUGAAGACGACUGUGUCUUACAAGAUGUUGGUUUAGAUCUCUUAUACGAUUGUCUUUUGUUAUAGUUUAUCAUGUUGGUGUCUUAGAUUCAGGUACUUAUACUUCCUAGGUCAUUGAAGAAACGUCAUAGUUGUUGAUAUUUUUUUCCCCUAUAGAUAAUAAUAAUUCUCUAGGUUAAUAAUUCAUAAUUAAAAGUUAUUGAUACCCUAAUCGUCACCUCACACACCUCUCCAGCACCUUAAUUUAGCACAGGUGACCGGCAGUUCAGUGUUGCCGAAUUAUUUCAGGUUUAUAAACUCAUUAGUCGCCUGUUGUCUGAUCUUCUCUCCUCCCUCACUAAUUAAUUUAUAAUCCUGGUGUUCCUGGUCAGGUGAGUCCAGGUAAGGGGAGGGAUAGUGGGUGUUGAUAUGGCCCAGGUGGUUGAUGACAUGGCCCAGGUGGUUGAUGACAUGGCCCAGGUGGUUGAUGACAUGGGGUGACUCGCUUUCAUAGCACACACACACACACACACACACACACACACACACACACACACACACACACACACACACACUUCAAUCCUUCGUCGUCUUUCUCCCCACUUCCUUCACUUCUUUCUUCCCUCUUUGGCCUUUAAAUUUUUCACCCUUCCCCUUCUCCAUAUAUAUCAGUCUUCCCUUCUUCCCUAUCUUCGUUAUCUCUCUCUCUCUCUCUCUGCCUAUUUUUUCCCUCGUAUUCUUCCUGUUCUAAGGGUCGCUGGUUCAAUCCCGAGGCACUCCCAGGUCACCCAGCUGUCCAUGGUGCCUGAUUUCACAGUUGGGGAGGUGAAACGGCUGUCAGGUGCAGUGUCGGCUAUGCUAUGCUAUCUCUUAGGGUUUAUAGUGUGUUUUAACCACCGUUGUCCCUGUUAUGUAUAAACCUUCAUCUUGUGGGAUUUUGGGUUUAAUUUACGAGUUUUACUGUUUUUUAAAGUUUUAUUCUGGUUUUUGUGAGUUUUUUUUUAGCUUUGGGGCUCAUUGGUUUUAAUUUUUUGGGGGGUUAGGUUUAGGUUUUCUAGCUUUGUUGAGCUGUGUUGGGUUUAUAUUUUAUGUGGUUUAUAUGUGGUUUAUUUUUUUUUUCUCUCGGAUUUAUUUUGUCUGUAAUUCUUGGAUUUUUUCAUGUUUAUAUUUUUCUUUCGGUUGUUUAUUUUAGCUGUAAGUUGAAGCAAUGUAGGUGUUGAGUUUAGCUGGUGGAGGACAUAUUGGUAUCAUCUGUUCAAGUUUUAGCUUUUAAAUUAUACUUCAAAUUAAAUUCAGCUGUGAAGUCAAGUUGAUCU